UUCGCUAAACAGAAACGUAUCCAUAGCAACGCUCUGUUUUUCAUAUACGGUCUGAGCCAUGUAAUAAAUGGAAAUGCUAUUAAGGAUGACAGCCGCAUUGACCGUGCUGCUGGGCUGUGCAAAAAAUUGGUGGGACAUUUUUCCCACAGCUGGAAACAGAAGACGGCACUAAAAAAAGCACAACAGGAGCACAACCUCCCUGAGCACUCACUCAUCACAGAAUGUCCAACUAGGUGGGGCUCAAGACAAAAGAUGAUUGAGAGGGUCUUGGAGCAGCGGCGGGCCAUUUCUGAUGUCCUAUCAGCAGACCGUAAAACACGGCAUCUGGUUCCCUCCUGGCAGGACCUGGAUGUACUAGAGUCUGUAAACCUGGCAUUACGCCCUUUGCAGGAAUUUACUGAUGCUCUUUCCGGGGAAAUCUAUGUCAGUGUUUCAUAUGUGAAACCCGUCCUUCAUCUUUUAAAGACAUCGGCCCUUGUAGAAAAGGAAGAUGACACAGAUUUAACCAAGUCCAUUAAAGUGAAAAUCCUGGAUUACAUGAAUACAAAGUAUGAUGACCCAGGAACACAAGAACUUCUGGACAUCGCAUCCUUCAUGGACCCCAGGUUCAAGGUCACCUACAUCAGCAGUGAAAAAGUUGAGGACAUCAAGAGCAGGAUCAUGUCAGAAAUGAAAGACUCUGCACAGAAGGAGGGGACACAUUCUGAGAACACAGAGGCCCAGACCAUGGAGCUACCCAGCGAAAAAAAAACAAAGCGAUCAUUGGGCAGUUUGCUCAAAACAAAUCCAAGCCCCACUCCAACAGCAUCUUUCAUGCAUCUGGAGCAAGCUGUUGAAGCUGAACUUAACAGCUACUUGUUCUCCCCCACCAUUCACAGUGAAGCCGACCCUUUGGCCUGGUGGAGUUUCCACCAGGUCACCUACCCUAAGCUGACCAAACUUGCUCGGAAGUAUCUUUGUAUACCUGCAACUAGUUCUCCCUCCGAGAGGCUCUUCAGCACUUCAGGGAAUGUAGUAACAUGUCAACGAACAUGUUUGAAACCUAGCAAAGUUAACAUGCUGGUUUUCUUGGCCAAGAACUUGCCCUAAAGAGAUGGC